AUGAACAUGUCUGCAACAGCUUUUUCAAAUGGUGGAGUUAAGACAGUUGGGUCCCUUGUGGUGAAGCCACCUGAACAUCCCACUUAUGAUUUGAAGGGGGUUAUCCAAUUGGCACUCUCUGAAGAUGCUGGUGAUAGAGGGGAUGUGACCUGCCAGGCAACCAUUCCAGUUGAGAUGGAAGUCGAAGCUCAUUUUCUGGCAAAGGAGGAUGGUAUAGCUGCUGGAAUUGCUCUUGCUGAAAUGGUGUUUCAUGAGGUUGACCCAUCCUUGAAGGUAGAGUGGUCCAAAAAAGAUGGUGACAGUAUUCAGAAAGGCCUCCAAUUUGGCAAAGUUAAUGGGAAGGCGCACAGCAUUGUAAUCGCUGAAAGAGUUGUGCUCAAUUUUAUGCAGAGAAUGAGUGGAAUAGCUACCCUGACCAAGGCAAUGGCGGAUGCUGCUAAUCCAGCAUAUAUUCUAGAGACAAGAAAGACUGCUCCAGGUUUACGUUUGGUGGACAAAUGGGCGGUGUUGAUAGGUGGGGGCAGGAAUCACAGGUUGGGUUUAUUUGAUAUGGUUUUGAUCAAAGACAACCAUAUAUCGACUGCUGGUGGCGUGACAAAAGCUCUUAAAGCUGUCGACCUAUACCUGGAGAGUAGUAAUCUACAAAUGGGAGUUGAGAUUGAAACCAGAACACUGGAAGAAGUGAAUGAGGUGUUGGAUUAUGCUUCUCGAUCAAAGACUUCACUGACUAGAAUAAUGUUGGAUAACAUGGUUGUCCCCCUACCUGAUGGAGAUGUCGAUGUGUCCAUGCUCAAAGAAGCCGUGGAUUUGAUUGGAGGGAGAUUCGAGACUGAGGCAUCUGGGAAUGUGACUCUUGAAACAGUUCACAAGAUUGGCCAAACGGGCGUGACUUAUAUUUCCAGUGGUGCACUUACCCACUCUGUUAAAGCACUAGACAUUUCAUUGAAGAUCGACACGGAGCUUGCAUUAGAAGUAAGCCGGCGUACAAAACGGGCGUGA